GUCAUCAAUGAUCGUUAGUCUUGAUUAUGUCUGUGUGAGAAAAGACAGCGUUCUAUUGGGGUCCUCAACAUUCAGCCGUCAAGAUAUCAGUUUAAAGGAUUGUUACGUCUACUCGAGCCAAGGUUUUGAAGACACUGAGAAGAACAACCGGUAUAUUGACCUCACACGGUCUUUAACCUCUCUGAAUACUUCACAGAUAGGAGACCAAAGGGGCAAUAAACAAUCAUUAACAAGCCAAUCAAUGGAGUAGUAGAGUAGAGCAGAAGCAAAACGUCUAAAGAUGGACGUAAAGAGAGACAGAGACAGUCAAGAGGAUGCUCCGAUGAUGUCGGACGGUUAUCGUCAUCUAAACGGCGACUUCAGAUCGGAGAAAGAGUCUGCAGACGACCAGCGACGGUGUCGGGUCAUGAGCAUCCGAGACCUGCGAUGGUUCAUGGCCUUUCUCUGUCUGCUCAACUUUGCAGAGGGCAUACAUAACGGGAUAUUUGCCGGAUCGGUCACCAGCAUCCAGCGGCGCUUCCAGAUGAGCAGCGCGUCCAUGGGACAGAUCCUCAGCAUCGGAGAGAUCGGUAAGAUCACGUCCAUACUUCUCGUCACCUACUUCGGUAGUCAUGGCAACCGUCCCAGAAUCAUCGGGAUCUCCGGGAUCGUCCUGGCCUUCUCGACAUUCAUGGCGGCUCUGCCACAUUUCCUCAUGGGACCGUACCGCUAUGACGUCAACGCGGGAAGCAACGUCACCGACAGCGGCGUGUGCCACGCUGGGAACGAGAGCGUGAGUCUGUACAGUGAGGCUGAUGAGUCCUGUAGCGAUGACCAGGUGGCCACCAUGACCGGGAUGACCAACUUGUUCAUGGUCGCCAGGACGAUCUCCAAGAUGGGGUCAAGCGCCACCUCCACACUCGGCUACCCCUUCUUAGACGAUCACCUGCCGCCUGGGACAACAGCGCUUUAUAUUGGGAUAAACAUCUGCAUGUUGGUGAUCGCGCCUGUAGCGGGGUUCUUCAUCAGUGGUGCGUUCCUGAGCGUGUACGUGGACACUGGAUCAGUAGAUGUCUCUACCGUCACUAUAGAUCCCAGGGAUCCCCGGUGGGUCGGAGCGUGGUGGGCGGGGUUCCUGAUCUGUUCCGCCGCCUUCCUCGUGGUCAGCAUCCCCUUCUUCAUGAUGCCGAACGAGAUGAAACAUCUGGACAAGAAAUCCAAGAAGGCAGAAGAGCAUCUGUCAAAGAAACCAAAGGAGAAGUUGUCAGCGAAAGAAAUAAUCAGAGGUGUUCCGGCGGCCCUGAAGCGCCUGGUUCUGAACGGUGUGUACAUGGGUGUGGUGUUCUGUGUGGUCGCAGAGCUCAGUUCUACCCACGGACUGGCCUCGUUCCAGGCUAAGUUCAUGGAAGUGCAGUACAGUCUGACCGCCUCGCAGGCCAACUUUUUAGUAGGUGCUGGGGCCGUGGCAGGGACGGCCUUUGGACUGCUCCUGGGCGGUUACCUUGUAAAGAGGUUCAAAUGGACAACACUCGGCUGUAUCAACUUUUUCGUGGUGAUUGAGAUCAUGGCCCUGAUCCUGUACUCCUCUCUCUACGCCUUUGGCUGUGACAGCCUGCAGAUGUCAGGAGUGACAGUCCCCUACUGGAGUUUCUCGAAUGACACAAACCAUGACGCCAUCCUUACCCUGAACUCUUCUUGCAACGCCAACUGCGGAUGCUCAGAGGCAUCCUUUACCCCAGUUUGUGGUGCCGAUUGGAGGACGUACUUUUCGCCGUGCAUGGCGGGAUGCCAGGAGACAUACGGGCCUGGGAACUUUAGUAGGUGCAGCUGUAUACCUCUUGACGUAGUCGCCACGCCUGGACAGUGUUUGUCGGCCUGUUCAGCGAAGUCCAUUCAUUUUGUGGUGUUAACGGCUUUCAUCGCUGUCCUUACCGGAAUGGGCCACACUCCAGGAGUUAUCAUCGUGCUGAGGGCUGUGAGGAAGGCAGACAAGACGUAUGCGCUUGGGCUCCAAAAUCUGUUCACGGAAGUUCUCGCCGCCAUCCCAGCUCCCAUCUACUUCGGCGUCGCCAUUGACAACGCCUGUCUGUUAUGGCAGUCCAUUUGCGGAAGCCGUGGUGCAUGCUGGGUAUACGAUACCGCCAGCUUCCGGAACAUCUUUAUUGGGAUGGUGACAGGUAUCAAAGGCCUGUCCAUAGUCUUUCUCGUGAUAUCGCUGUUCUUCGCACAUCGCGGAAAGAGGCGGGGCACUCUGGCGGACUACGGUGACGACGGCGCCGAGGGCGAGCCGGACAUCGCCGCGGCAUCCAUGGCUUCCCUGAACGUUGUGACGUUUCCCUUAGAUUUCAGUUACAGGGAGUUCGUAGAGGCACAAGAAACAUCUCUUUAGAUAUACAUAUCAUGAACAUCUUUAUUAUACAUAAUUAUAUACCCUCUGGGUUAAGUACAAAUCUGAACAUGAAUAUUUUACAGAUACAUGUACACAUUGUGAAGCUAGCACAGCUUCCUGGCAACUUAGAUUUCACAAUGAACGCAAAUUUUUUUCGGUCAAACUUUUUUUUAUUCAUGCUCUCGCAUAAGUUUUGGAGUUUCCAUAGGAUGUCAUCCAUAUAAUCAAAUCAACAUGGCCUAAGCUGUUCCAGAGCCAUGACGUGUAGAGAAUACAACUGUUCUUGUAGAUGUUGGUUCCGCAUCGGGGGAUGUGAAGGUGUACGGAGUUACGUAUGUGGAGCCGAGUUUGCGCUUGUCUUAUUGAUAGGAUGAGUGGAUGGAGGUAGGGAGGUACAUAGCCGGUUUGUACAUGAUGGCUAGACGAUUGUCACAAUAGACUAUGAUAGUCUUGCAGACUUGCACAUAGGGCAUGCAACAGAUAGCACCCUAUGACUGAAAUUCUAUAUAACGUUAUGACAGCCUGGUGUGGUUAAUUUUGUCCAUGCCUUGAAAUAAUCAACAACUGCUCAGUAAACAGAUCACAGUCUGGAGUAACAAUAGUUUUAUUCCCAAAGUUUAAGAGUCUUAAAUAUCAUGGUAUCAUAAAAGUAUAGACAUAUUCAAAUCUUUAGAUAUCAUAUUGUGACGUGCAAAUUUAAAGUUUCUUAAAAUAAUGCACAAGACUUAUUGAUGGUAGUUUGUUAUACAGUAUUUACAUGACUUAUUCUUCGCACCAUUACACUGUAUCACAACUUUAAACGAAUAUUGCCAUUUAUAUGUCUCAAUUAUAGGCAGAACCCAUCCUCAAACUACUUGAUAAACACAUUUGCUGUGUCAUGUUAGAAUACAAUUUGAAAAAUAGCGUAAAAUCCAGGUAAUGUAUUCAGAUAUUCAGAGCAAUAUAUUAUUGAUAAUAAAAGAAGACUACUAGUAAUCUAACAUCAGCAAACACGUUUGAUGAAAGACAACCAUAAUUUAUUAAAAGUAAGAUAUAAGUGA